AUGAAAGGUUUCUUCAACGGUGGUUGUCAUGACAGAGUUCGCCAAUUCAUGAGUGUCUGGUACUCAUACGCUGCCGACACGCUGACCAACAUCAUGAGUACGCCAAAAUCACUACUGCGUGUCACAUCCAGCAUCUUGACUAACUACUACUCACUAAGUUAUCGCAUUUCCUAUGCACCUAACGUGGAAUCUCCAGUUGCCGCGAGGACAAAAGAUCGGUAUGAAGCUCCUAGGUUUUUGGAGAGCUUGGACUUUGGGAUACCAGAUGCGCUCCGUAUUCAUGCGCUUUUCGCCAGUGCUGUGCUUUGCAUCUUCAUCUCUACACUUCGUGCCGCACAAAUCACAGCAAACACGAUCCGAACAGACGCUGAUACAGAUGGAACCUGGCUCGCAGUGUGGGGUAUGGCUGAGUGCGCCGUCGCUGUAGUCAUUGGCCUUACACCCUCGUUCGCUAUCCUCAUACGCGCAGGCCGAAACGCUAUGAGGAAUGCUGGCCACAUACAGCACGAAGGGCAAGAGGUCCAGCUUACUACUAUUGGUGGUUCAGGUGGAUCAGGAAAUCGCCACAAGAAAAUUCCCACCGAAACGUGGGUAACGAUUAAUGACAGCCAGGAAGCGCUAGCGACAAAACAAGAUACGGCAUCGGUAACGACUAGUGCGCGCCAUGAUGAGGAGAGUCUGGGCCUCGCACUAUGA